CACCAAACCUUAUCAAGAAAGCAAUCCAAAAGCAACAAAAAAACCCUUAUUACAAAAACCAUUUUCUCCCAACACUCUCAAAAAUAAACUCUUUCUUGAAAUUUUGCAAAAAAAAAUGACCACAAAAGAGAUGGAAGUAGUGAGAAACUUAGAUGUUGAAAGGUACAUGGGGAGAUGGUAUGAAAUUGCCUCAUUUCCCUCAAGAUUUCAGCCCAAAGAUGGAGUGGACACAAGGGCUACUUACUCUUUGAAUCCAGAUGGGACAAUACAUGUGUUAAAUGAGACAUGGAGUGGUGGUAAAAGAGGUUCAAUUGAAGGCACUGCUUAUAAAGCUGAUCCAAAAAGUGAUGAAGCUAAACUCAAAGUGAAAUUUUAUUUACCUCCUUUCUUGCCAAUUAUUCCAAUUACUGGUGAUUAUUGGGUUCUUUAUAUUGAUCAUGAUUAUCAAUAUGCUUUGAUUGGUCAACCUAGUAAGAAGUAUCUUUGGAUAUUAUGUAGGCAACCACAUCUUGAUGAGGGAAUAUACAACCAACUUGUUGAGAAGGCUAAAGAAGUAGGGUAUGAUGUGAGCAAACUUCACAAGACACCUCAAGCUGAUCCACCACCAGAGAGUGAAGAUGCACCAAAGGACACAAAAGGAAUUUGGUGGCUCAAAUCAAUCUUUGGAAAAUAAUCAUAUUAGUAAAUAUGAUUUAAAAAAAAAUAAAUCAAGAUUUACAAUAAAAAUUAUGAAAAGUUGUCUUGUAUAAAAAGGUUUGUUUUGAAGUUUAAAUGGUUUUAAGGUUGUAAUUUUCUUAGGCAUCUUUGUAAAAGUUGGUAGUAGUGUGUAUUGUAAGAAAGUUUGUUAUCAAUUUUGCAUAAGAAUUUGUGAGUAUGAGAAAUUUGGAUAUUUAUUUGUUUCUUUUA